GCUUCCGCUGCGCCCUUGCAUGUCGCCCUCCAUCCCGAUCUUUUGACCUAAAUAUUUUGUUCACACAUAGCAACCGGAGUCAUUGAUAAGAGCGUGACGCUGGCUCAAAAAGCAUCUGCACGUCUCAUCUGUCUCGCACGAGCCAUGUCGUCCACCAGCUCUCGUGCGUCCUCGUCGAUGCCGCCGUGGAAACAAGCGUUUAGUGAACACAUCGCCAAGGUUGGCUCGCCCGAAUUCGUGCUCUCGACGUUGGCAAAGGCUCCCGAAAACUCGGCCACUCCGUACGUCCCGCGAGCACGCUUUUGCAUAUUUCGCGGCUUCUGGGCAGAGCUCCCGGACAACGUGCACAACCCGGCACAGAAGAACGCCAGGGUGUUUGAGAGCGACCUGCUCACCUUUACCACCGACGUACGUAUGCAGAAGGUCGGUCAGCUGUUUAGCAGCAGCAGCGGACGCGCGGACAGACACGAGCUAGUGCAGGGCAGUGGAGGGGGAGGCCCCGUCGAAGCCGUGUUCUGGGUCAAGGAGACGAGCACGCAAUGGCGGAUACGAGGCAACGCGUACGUGGUGGCGGACGACAUUGAUGAGAACAGCGAGAGCAGCGGCGUGCGGACGGUCAAGAGUGAAAUCGGCGCGAGGAUGAGAGCGGUGCAGCCGGGCCAGGAGGGCGGCUGGAGCUGGAAACGAGAGCUCGACGGCCACUUUGGCAACCUGAGUCCCGGCAUGAGAGGCAGCUUCAAGUCACCUCCGCCCGGACGGCCCACGUCGCAGCCGUUUGACGAGACGAAGAACAGGCUCGCCACAAAGGUCGACGACCUGCACGAGCCCGCCGCUCGCGAAAACUUCAGGGUUGUGAUCAUCAAGCCGGACUGGGUCGAGCAGACCGACGUGAGCGGCACAGAGCAAGCCCGGCGGUAUCAAUAUGAGUACGACCCGUCUUCCGACAGUUGGACGACUACGGAGACGUGGCCCUAGAUUAAACUAGAUAAAGAAAACAAAAAAGAAAAAAAAAAGGACACGC